CUUGGGUUUGAGCUUGGUAUCGCUCUGAGGCCGAAUGGCUGCGAGAUCUGAGACGCUGUGAAUGCCGUGCGCAGAAUUACGCAUCCAUCUCAGGCUACAAGCGCAUAGAUCAACGUGCAACUGCGGGAGGCGAAAGAUGUGGGUAUAUAUUACCUGUGUCGUCCUUCAGGACCUGCCGAGUUUCUUCACUUUCCAAGACAUUCGAUUCUGGACUGAACUUGGUGCAACAUGUUGCUGCAUCAACUCUUGAAGCGCGCCCCCGAGGCUACUGCUCGCUAUGAUUGGAUCUUAGCCAUCACAUUCAUUGCCUACUUCUUCAGCGCGUUCGGUAAUGGAGCAAACGAUGUUGCCAACGCCUACGCCACCUCGGUCGCUGCCAGGACCCUUUCCAUGCUUCAAGUUGGUUUCCUCUCUGUGUGUACUGAGUUCUUCGGAGCUGUCGUGCUUGGAGAACGUGUCACGGACACCAUCAAGAACGGCAUCAUCACCAUCGAUCGAUUCGAAGGCCGACCGGGCGUCCUGAUGCUGGCAAUGGGAUGCGCUGAGGUUGGAAGCGCAACCUGGCUCAUGUUCGCUACUGGUCAAGGUAUGCCGGUCUCCACAACUCAGACAAUUGUCGGCGCCCUCAUUGGUAUUGGAUUCGCGACGCAGUCUCCAAUCAAAUGGGAAUGGACUUCAGGCUCUGUCAGUCAAGUCGCGGCUUCGUGGGGUAUCGCCCCAGCCAUUGCCGCUGCUUUCGCUGCUCUGGUCUUCGCUACUGUCAAGUACGCUGUGCUUGAGCGCAAAGACAGCUUCAAGUGGGGUAUGAGGUUGAUCCCAUUCUACUUCGCUUUCACUGCAGCUGUCCUCGCGCUCUUCAUCACUGUCGAGACUCCUGGUUCCGAUCUCGACGCUCUGGGACCGGGACGCGCGGUCGGCAUCGUCCUCGCUUGUUUCUUCGGCGUCUUGCUCAUCUGCUAUGUGUUCUUCAUGCCUUUCUUCGAGCGCAAGUUGAUCAAGAAGGAUGCGAGACUGAGAGUGUGGCACAUCCCUAUGGGCCCACUUCUCAAGAAGGAGGACGUCAAGCUCUACUGGCCGGGUAAGGGCGAGGAAUACGUCACCAACUACUACGAAGAUGCCUAUGGCAACGUUAAUGCCGGCAAGAAGGAUGCGGAGCGUGGAAGGACCUACGGUGGCGUCAACAACGACGCGGAUUCGGACGACAUCUCCAACCGUGACAACGAAAAGGGUGCCAACGCCGUUCCAGUCGGCAAAGCCCCAUCUGAUGAAAACUCCCUCGACCCAGCCGCCAACCCAGGAGAGGAACACCACCGCAAGAAGGCGUAUGUCUCGCCAUACAAGCGAUGGAUUGUACCUGUCAAGGAACUCUCCUGGUUCAACCCAAAGAAGCACUGGGCGUGGUUCAAGUUCUUGCUUCUUCGCGGUGUCUUCAUCGACUGCGUUACCCACGACUCUGGCAAACUUCGCGACAUUCACGCACGCGCUCAUCGUUACGAUGUUCGCGUUGAGCACUUGUGGACCUACUGCCAAGUCGUCUCUGCUAUGCUGAUGUCCAUUGCUCACGGUUCUAAUGACAUUGCCAACGCUGUUGGCCCAGUUGCAGCCGUCUAUUCGACUUACCAGACCGGCGCCGUUGACACUGAGUCCGGCACACCCAUCUGGAUUCUCGUCAUUGGUGGUCUCCUCCUUGGUAUGGGUUUCUGGUUCUUCGGCUACCACAUCAUCCGCUCUCUCGGAAACAAGAUUACGCAGAUGUCCCCAACCCGUGGUUUCUCUAUCGAGCUCGGCGCGGCCAUCACCGUCUUGCUUGCCUCGCGUCUUGGUCUGCCGGUCUCUACCACCCAAUGCUUGACUGGUGCUGCCGUUGGUGUGGCUUUGAUGAACUACGAUCUCGGUGCCGUCAACUGGCGACAGGUCGCUUUCAUUUUCAUGGGAUGGGUCCUCACUCUUCCUGCUGCUGGUCUCAUUUCUGGAUUGCUGUGCCUCAUGGCUCUCAAUGCGCCUUCAUUCUAAGUGUAGAGCCUCGCGCUGUACGAAACAUGUAUAUAUUCCCCAGAUCAUGAUUACGAUACCAAGCGCGAUAUGUCCACCCUGAAGUCUUCACCACAUCCAGCUGCAUUGAAUUUUCCCUGAACUUGUGCUCUUGCAACCGAGUCGAUACGCGUUGAUCAUGGAAACAGUGUCAAUUUUAGCAAGGCAUUAGGUACACUAGAAGGAGC